CACGUGACAAUUUGGGCGGUGCUUAGUCGGCGACGUCUCUUCAACAUGGAGUGCUGAAAAAAGGCAGGACCACCCUAAACUUCUCAAUAAGAUUUAUAUGUCUUAAAGUUGAUAGAUACAAAAACAAUGGACACACACAUGUAAACGCCUGAAGACUACCCGACUACCGUCAUACGUCGAACGACAUUGGAGUGCCUUUUUUUCUUCUUUUUUUUACAGCAACCACGCUAACCUACCGGCAGCGGCAUAUCAAAGUGUCACAACUAGUUUCAAAAAAGAAGAAAGGACGCCAUCGCAUCCACAUAAUCGAUAAGGAUAACAUCGAUAGUAACUUCCGUUAAACUUAUCAAGUUGUGACGUGACCUCUAGUUAGGGUUACUGGGUGAAAGGUGACGCUAUUCGAUCGGUCUGUUUAUUUGAGAAUGCACAAUGUGGCAAGUGUAUCCGCCUCCCUGGGCUCCAUGGGGCUGCUGCGUCUCUGUGGGGUGUCCUGGUCCUGGAGUGUUGCAGCCGGACUGGGCAUGUAUUUGGGCACGAGAAGCUGGAAGUAUUUCUACAUCGCGGCACGCACUGCCAAGAGGGACGCCAAGGGUCUGUACGUGCUGCUAAGAGUGAAGCUGGCGUUGUGGCGCUACAUGCGCAACGGAAGCAACGUCCUCUCCAUCUUCGCCCAGACGGUAAAACGUAACCCAAACAAGAUUGCACUAAUCUACGAGGCCACCGGGGAAACGUGGACUUUCGCCCAGUUGGAUCAGCUGUCCAACUCGGUGGCCAAUUGGGCGAGAAGUCAGGGCUGGAUCUCGGGGGACGUGGUGGCCCUUUUUAUGGAGAGCCAGCCCCUGCAGGUAGCGCUCUGGCUGGGCUUCGCCAAGGUUGGGGUGGAAGCCGCUCUUAUCAACUUCAACCUCCGCAGCGACUCCCUUCUGCACUGCAUCGGGGUGUCGAUGUCUCGGGCUAUUGUGUUUGGAGCUGAGCUUGCUGAUGCCAUGUUGGAGGUCAAUGCCUCCCUCAACCAGUCCAUGGUGCGGUUUUGUACCGGAGACCUCAGUGCUCAUCAGAUGGCCUAUUUGGCUGCGACACCGCUGGACCCCAUUUUAGCAUCUACACCGGGGCACGCCCCUUCACCUUGCAUCCCACGGAAAAGCAUGAACGAUCAUUUGUUUUACAUCUACACGUCUGGCACCACAGGGCUGCCCAAAGCUGCAAUUGUUGUCCACAGUCGGUACUACCGGAUCGCCGCUUUUGGCUACUAUGCUUUCAGCAUGCGUCCGAAUGACAUCAUCUACGACUGUCUUCCCCUGUACCACUCAGCAGGUAAUAUCAUGGGUGUGGGCCAGUGUCUGAUGCAUGGCCUCACCGUCGUAGUGAAGAAGAAAUUCUCAGCAAGUCGCUUCUGGGAUGACUGCAUCAAGUACAACUGCACUAUAGUGCAAUACAUUGGAGAAAUAUGCCGCUACCUCCUGUCUCAGCCCGUGCGACCGUCGGAAAAGGGCCACAAGGUUCGCUUGGCUGUGGGAAACGGUCUACGGCCCAGCGUGUGGGAGGCCUUCACCGAUCGCUUUGGGGUGAAGCAGAUCGGGGAGUUCUACGGAGCUACUGAGUGUAACUGUAGCAUCGCCAACAUAGACGGCAGGGUGGGAGCAUGUGGGUUUAACAGUCGCAUCCUGCCCAACGUUUACCCCAUCCGCCUGGUCAGAGUGAAUGAGGACACUCUGGAGCUGGUCCGGGACAGACGUGGCCUCUGUGUGCCCUGUCAACCCGGAGAACCAGGGCUCCUGGUGGGUCGCAUCAACCAGAAGGACCCCUUGAGGCGCUUUGACGGCUACGUUAAUCACGAAGCUACGAGGAAGAAAAUAGCCCAUAAUGUCUUCAAGAAGAACGAUUCGGCAUACUUGUCAGGUGAUGUUUUAGUGAUGGAUGACCUGGGUUACAUGUACUUCCGUGACCGUGGAGGCGACACCUUCCGCUGGCGAGGAGAGAAUGUGUCCACCACAGAAGUGGAGGGCAUACUCAGCAACCUUCUGGGCCAGACAGAUGUGGCUGUGUACGGCGUUGCAGUGCCUGGUGUGGAAGGGAAGGCAGGCAUGGCCGCCAUCGCAGACUCUGACGGCAGUUUCGACUGCGGCAAGUUCCUGGAGAGGAUUCAGGCGUCUCUCCCGCCGUACGCUCGGCCGGUGUUCCUGCGACUCUCGCCGAGCGUCGACACCACGGGUACCUUUAAAAUCCAGAAAACCAGAUUGCUGAGGGAGGGUUACGACCCUCGCCUCACCAGCGACCACAUCUACUUCUUAAACGGCAAAGCCGCACGCUACGUAGCGGUAGACGAGGAGCUCUACGUCGCCAUAAUGGAGGGCCGCAUGCAUUUAUGAUGUGGAUCGUGGAUGGAAGACUAAGCGUUUACUGCACCACUCGACAGGAGUUUAACGCCUUCAAGGAGCACUGUUGAGGUGACGACUCACUCCCUAGGAAGUACUGUUACUCAUGAUUCAUUUUUAUUUAACGCCGUAGGGAUAAAAUGUCGCGACAUGUAAGGGUAUUUAUCCACUCCAAUAACUUCCAUACAUUAAAUGCCUCACACCGCAUAGAGCGGCUUUGGUAGCUGAGACAUCCCGGUCAGGGAUUCCCAUGUAGGAUUUAUUCUUAUAAAGUAAAACUCCUGUUGUGUGUCAGGAUGAAGCCUCUGCACAGGAGGUUAUAGGUCAAAUACUAAUAGUUUUCAUUUUUUUAAUACAGUGCACAGAAUCUAAUGUCCACACAUCUCAAAAGUAACGUAUGUGCCUUACGCCUAUGUGUGUGUGUGUGUGUGUGUGUGUGUGUUUGAAAGACCGUAAAAGAAAGUGCUGCUUGUUAACUGUAGUUAUUUAAAUGUAUGUAUACUUGCCUCGUUAUUGAUUACUGUAUUAGCAUUUCAUUCUUUUUACCAACCAACAAUGGAUCACCGGUAUUGUACAAUGUAUUUUAAGACAGCAUUUUGGUUACCAAAUAGUUUGUUACAACAAAUAAUUCCAGAAAACAAUGGUAUUGCAUUCAUAAUGCAAUUAUGCAUAAUGCAAUUAACCUCCGGUUUGUUUAUUCUAAACUUUUUUUUUAUGUAAAAAAAAAAUGUACCACUUCCACAUUGAAUGGGAGGAUAACGCAAAAAAAUGCGUUUACAAAGAAGGAUUUUAGCAGGACAAAAAUGAUGAGUUUGACGUCUGUGGUUAUGUAAAAUUAUCCACAGUCAUAUCAUGUAGCAGGUUUUGAAAUAUUUCAAUAUGCAUCCUCCAAGUUGUUUUUAACGAAAAUUAAACCAUUUCAACUUAAAA